AUGCAACUUGCCCUUUGGCAAAAUGACACAACUAGCUCACCCACAGUCACACUAGGAGCUCUGGCCUACGCAGAACUGGGCACCAUGAACACAUCGUCCGGGGCGGAAUACGCCUAUUUCCGUGACGCGUUCGGCCCCGCACCCGCCUUCCUAUUCUCGUGGACGAGCACCCUGGUUUUGAAGCCGAGCCAGAUGGCGAUCAUCUGCCUGUCUCUGGCGAGAUACGCGGCCGAGGCGUUCGCCGGACAGUGCGAGCCGCCGCAGGGCGUCGUCAAGCUGGUCGCUUUACUGGCGAUAGUUCUGAUAUUGUUCGUCAACUGCUACAGUGUCAAUUUGGCUACUUGUGUGCAGAAUGUCUUUACGUCCGCAAAACUUUUGGCAAUAUUGAUAAUCAUUUGUGGAGGAGCUUAUAAGUUAGCCGAUGGUAAUACACAGCAUUUACGAGGAGCCUUCUCAGGCCCAAUGCCCAGCAUUGGCUCGAUGGCCAAUGCUUUCUACACAGGUCUUUGGGCCUACGAUGGUUGGAAUAAUUUAAACUAUGUUACUGAGGAAAUCAAGAAUCCGUCUAAGAAUCUUCCACGGUCAAUAGCCCUAGGAAUACCCCUGGUCACGUUGUGCUAUUUGUUCGUGAACGUCUCUUAUUUGGCGGCGAUGUCCGCCAACGAGCUCAUCGCCUCGGAGGCGGUGGCGGUUACUUUUGGAGAACGUCUUCUCGGGUGGUGGUCUUGGCUUAUGCCCCUGGCGGUGGCGGUCAGCACUUUUGGGAGCGCCAAUGGGACUCUUUUCGCUGCAGGAAGGCUCUGUUUUGCUGCAAGUCGAGAAGGACAUUUGCUCGAUAUUCUUUCAUAUGUGCAUGUUAAGCGUUUGACGCCUGCACCUGGGCUAAUAUUUCAUUCUCUGAUUGCUGCCGCGAUGGUGCUCUAUGGCACCAUAGAUUCGCUGAUUGAUUUCUUCAGUUUCACAGCUUGGAUUUUCUAUGGAGGUGCUAUGCUUGCUUUGAUAGUCAUGAGGUUCACAAAGCCCAAUUUUCCGAGGCCUUAUAAGGUGCCAAUUUGGAUCCCGUGGCUAGUGCUUCUUGUUUCGAUGUACCUGGUGGUUGGGCCGAUCAUAGAUAAUCCUUCGAUCGAAUAUCUGUAUGCAGCUCUCUUCAUUUUGGCCGGAUUGUUACUCUAUGUGCCUAUGGUCAAGAUGAAUAUACAGCCAGCAUGCAUGGAUAAGGUCACAUUAUUUUUCCAAAUGCUUCUGGAUGUCGUGCCCACCACAGCAAUUUACGACUGAGGUGACAAAAUACAAAUAUAUAUUAUAUAUAAAAAUAUUUAAAAUAAUCUAGGUUUAUUUUAAGAAUUUUUUUGACAGCAGAUAAUGGUAAAAAUCAAGUUUAAAACUUGGCUAAAAAAAUAAUAAUUUCUUUUUUAAUAUUAACUUUUUAAGGUAAAAGAAG